UGUGACUCCUCUGAAAAAGGGAUAUAAAUACCAGGGAAUAUCAUAUGCUCAGUACUCACCCCAAUUAACAUUUGAAGAGGCCCGUGAUGCAGUAAGAAGAAGGCCACAGGGUAGCCAAUACCCUGCUACAAGGGACUUGUGGGGACUCGUGAGCCAGAGGGUUUCAGGGUAGCCAACACCCUGCUCCAGGGGAUAUUUAACAGAGAAGAGAAGAAAGAAAGGCCUUCAUCUAGGACUGUGACAUCAGAAACAUGAGGUACAUCAGCACUCGAGGAGAAGCCAGGAGCGUUGAUUUUGAAGGAGCCCUCUUUUCUGGCUAUGCACCGGACGGUGGCCUUUUUGUGCCCCAGGAAAUCCCUACCCUGGACUAUAACACCCUGCGAACAUGGAGUGCCUUCUCCUAUCCAGAGCUGGUGAAAGAGCUGAGUUCACUCUUCAUCUCGUCUGAACUAAUCCCACGGAAAGACCUGAAUGAUCUGAUUGACAACGCCUUUCGGAGGUUCAGGCACAAAAAUGUUGUGCAUCUGGCCAGGCUGAAGAAUGGGUUGAAUUGUUUGGAGCUCUGGCAUGGUGUAACUUAUGCCUUUAAGGACUUGUCCUUGUCCUGCACAGGACAGUUUUUACAGUACUUCCUGAAGAAAAGGAAGAAGCACAUCACUAUUCUAGUUGGAACUGCGGGAGACACCGGUAGCUCGGCAAUUGAAAGUGUGCGAGGGGAAAACGACAUGGAUAUCUUUGUUCUAUUACCCAAAGAUCUCUGCAGCCAGAUCCAAGAACUGCAGAUGACAACGGUGAUCGAAGAGAACGUCCACGUGUUUAUUGCUCAUGGAAAUAGCGAUGAAAUUGACGAGUCGCUCAAAAAAUUGUUCGAUGAUGCAGAUUUCUCUAGAAAACACAAUCUGAUGAGUUUGAACUCAAUCAACUGGUCUAGGAUUAUGGUGCAGAUUGCUCAGUACUUCUAUGCUUACUUUCAAUGCACUCCAUCCAUGGACAUGACUCCACUGCCAACUGUGGAAAUUGUUGUGCCAACAGGGGCUGGAGGAAAUCUCACAGCUGGAUAUAUUGCACAGAAAAUGGGACUGCCAAUCCAACUCGUUGCUGUGGUAAAUAAUAACGACAUUAUCCACAGGGCAAUUCAGCAUGGAGAUUUCUCAUUCUCGGGGAGUGUUAAGCCAACUUUAGCUUCUGCAAUGGAUAUUCAGGAACCUUACAAUAUGGAGAGAAUCUUGUGGCUGCUUUCGGACUGUGAUGGCAGCUUGAUUAAAACUCUGAUGGAAAAGUUUUACAUGUCGAAAAACCUUACACUCCCAGAAGAAUUGCACAGAAAGCUUUCUGAAGUGCUGAGCUCAUGUUCAGCAUCUGAUGAAGACAUUGUUCAAGCAAUGAGACGCUGUUGGGAAGAUAAUCGCUACCUGUUAUGUCCCCACUCAGCUGUGGCUGUUCACUACCAUUAUAAGCAGUUGGACUGCCAUCUCAGCAACAGACCCAGGUGCUGCUUAGCACCUGCUUCGGCAGCAAAGUUCCCGGAUGCCGUGCUCAGAGCAAAGCUUGUUCCUGAAGUUCUACCUGAGAUCCAAGCUUUAAACGCGAUGGAGACCAGGUCCACAACACUGAGGAGAGAAGAGGACUGGGCAAAAACCCUAAGAGACAGAAUAGAAGCCAUCACCAAGCGCAGACAUACAUAGGUGGAGUUCAUCUGAUCCUCAAUAGUGCUAUACCUGGGCAGUUCCAUAUAAAGGAUAAGGCUGACUUAA